GCUGGGAGGGCGCGCGCCCGGGCGGCUGCGGCAGUUGCGCUCUGGGUUUGCUGCCGUGCGGUGGGGCCGAAUUGAGCAUACAAAUAAAAUAAAAUGACAACUUCCUGGAGUGAUCGGUUACAAAAUGCAGCAGAUAUGCCUGCUAACAUGGAUAAACAUGCCCUGAAAAAGUAUCGACGAGAAGCUUAUCAUCGGGUGUUUGUGAACCGAAGUUUAGCCAUGGAAAAAAUAAAGUGUUUUGGUUUUGAUAUGGAUUAUACACUUGCUGUGUACAAGUCCCCGGAGUAUGAGUCCCUUGGCUUUGAGCUUACCGUGGAGAGAUUAGUUUCUAUUGGCUAUCCUCAGGAGCUGCUCAGCUUUGCAUAUGAUUCUACAUUCCCUACCAGGGGGCUUGUCUUUGAUACACUGUACGGAAAUCUUUUGAAAGUUGAUGCCUAUGGAAACCUCUUGGUCUGUGCACAUGGAUUUAACUUCAUAAGGGGUUCUCAGGUAGCUGCUCAGAAGAGACCAGAAACUAGAGAGCAGUAUCCAAAUAAAUUUAUUCAACGAGAUGACACUGAAAGAUUUUACAUUCUGAACACACUAUUCAACCUACCAGAGACCUACCUGUUGGCCUGCCUAGUAGAUUUUUUUACUAAUUGUCCCAGAUAUACCAGCUGUGAAACAGGAUUUAAAGAUGGGGACCUCUUCAUGUCUUACCGGAGUAUGUUCCAGGAUGUAAGAGAUGCAGUUGACUGGGUUCAUUACAAGGGUUCCCUUAAGGAAAAGACAGUUGAAAAUCUUGAGAAGUAUGUAGUCAAAGAUGGAAAACUGCCUUUGCUUCUAAGCCGGAUGAAUGAAGUAGGGAAAGUAUUUCUUGCCACCAACAGUGACUAUAAAUACACAGAUAAAAUUAUGACUUACCUGUUUGAUUUCCCACAUGGCCCCAAGCCUGGGAGCUCCCACCGACCAUGGCAGUCCUACUUUGACCUGAUCUUGGUGGACGCACGGAAACCACUCUUUUUUGGAGAAGGCACAGUACUGCGUCAGGUGGAUACUAAAACUGGCAAGCUGAAGAUUGGUACCUACACGGGCCCCUUACAGCAUGGCAUUGUCUACUCUGGGGGUUCAUCUGAUACAAUCUGUGAUCUGUUGGGAGCCAAGGGCAAAGACAUUUUAUAUAUUGGAGAUCACAUUUUUGGGGACAUUUUAAAAUCAAAGAAACGGCAAGGGUGGCGAACUUUUUUGGUGAUUCCUGAACUUGCACAGGAGCUGCAUGUCUGGACUGAUAAGAGUUCACUUUUCGAAGAGCUUCAGAGCUUGGAUAUUUUCUUGGCUGAACUCUACAAGCACCUUGACAGCAGCAGCAAUGAGCGCCCAGACAUUAGCUCCAUCCAGAGACGUAUUAAGAAAGUAACUCAUGACAUGGACAUGUGCUACGGGAUGAUGGGAAGCCUGUUUCGCAGUGGCUCCCGGCAGACCCUCUUUGCCAGUCAGGUGAUGCGCUAUGCUGAUCUCUAUGCAGCAUCUUUCAUUAAUCUGCUGUAUUACCCGUUCAGCUACCUCUUCAGAGCUGCCCACGUCUUGAUGCCUCAUGAGUCAACAGUGGAACACACACAUGUAGAUAUCAAUGAGAUGGAGUCCCCCCUUGCAACCCGGAACCGUACAUCAGUGGAUUUCAAAGAUACCGACUACAAACGGCACCAGUUGACACGGUCGAUUAGUGAGAUUAAGCCCCCCAACCUCUUCCCACUGGCCCCCCAGGAAAUUACACAUUGCCAUGAUGAAGAUGAUGAUGAAGAGGAAGAAGAGGAAGAGGAAGAAUGAGGAGGAAAAUCAAAACUCUGAGCACCCAUUAAACAAGUUCUGUCAGGACUCACAGGAGCAAAGGAUGUCCCUGUGGGGGUCCUAGUGGGGGGUGGGGGGCUCCAUCAAAGAUACAUCCGGAAAGUUUCUAAAGACUUUAAAAUACUCUAAUCAUAGGGAGAUACUUGUUUUAGUUUUGUGUGUCUGCACUCUUUGCAGAUGGUUCAGAAUUGUAAUGGAGUCUGUACUGGAGGAAAGUAAGGGUAAAGCUGGGCUGAACUGCAUGCAGCUGGCUCCGUCGUGGCUUGUGACACUGUUUCCUUGUCUUGUUUCAUCAUCAGUAUGUCAUAGUGUAUCCAGAUACACUAAGGGUGGUGAAGGGUCUCAGAGUGGAGCAAGGAAGACAAUGGGAAGAGGUGAUCCAGAAACGUUGCUAUGGUACAAAUUGUGCUCUUAUUCCAAAAUCCAUCUUUUUCAGUGCAUUGCGUAAGUAUUGUAUAUCAGUGGAGAAAUAUAUUAUUUCCAUUAUCAAAUGUAGUCUUCUGUUAAGGUCAAGGUUCCUUUACAAGCUUUUAAGUGUCCUCAGUGACUCCAGUAAGGCUGCUGUCAGUGGCUUAGCAGAAGUGUUCUCUACUUGCUGUAGGGCUGGUCUGGAAUGGACUGCAGCAAUUUCCUUUUGAGGCAGAAGUCUUCAUCCACUUCUACAUGUUUUUGAUGAUUGAUUGAUAGCAAAAAUGCUUAUUAUCCAAAAACAUAGUCUUUUUCUCAUCUGGGAUAAAUCUAUAGAAAGAAUUCAGCUGAAAGAGGACAAAGGAGCAAGCCACCCGAAAAGAAGAGAACCUCCUUCUUAUAUUACACCAUAACGGAGUAAAAUUCAUUAGUGUGGGCCAUAUAGUGUGGCUCAUGCCACCCCAUUCCAGCCUUCGGUAUCCUCUUGCUGUAUUUCAAAUUCAAGCAUAAGAGGGUGGGAAGAGGGCUUUGUAAGCCAGAACCUUUACAAAAACAGAGGGCACAAUCGACGUGGAUAAAUUCACUUCAGAAUCCCAAGUGAAAUCUCUUCUUGUUGUUCAGAACAAGAAUGGAUCAUCACUGUCUACUUUAAGGUAUUACAACUGCCUCACCAGAACAGUGAAAGUUGUUUCAACAUUUUUCACAGUGGUGUAGACUCUUACUUUAACCUUCAUAUGUUUCUUCCAUUCUUACUGUCAUUUGUCAACACGGGAGGGUAGAUUAGCUGCUCUAGAAUUCAAUAAAGUAUAAUAUUUCUAAUACUGA